AUGCCGUGCUCGCUUGCUGAGAUUCCUGAUGACUUGUCGGCGCUUCAGUACUCGACGAUGGUCGAUGUGUACAACACGUUCGAAGUUAUGACGGAUUCUGGAUUUGACGACAGUCAACCUCCGGACGUUGACAUUACGGUCUACGACGAACACCUCAACACUCACGCUUUGAUGGGCGCCCGUAAGCUGCGGCCGAAACGACAACAGCUCUCGGCGCUGGAACUGGAUGCGCUGAUCGCGGAAUUUGUGUCGAAAGACCCUGCGUAUCUACACCACUUGUACAAGCUUCCGACGGAGUGGCUUGAACGGACCUUCCGUACACACGCGGUUUUUCGAGCUUCUCGUGGCGUUCGUCUUCCUGAUGGACAGAACGACAUACUGUCCUACUUGCAAUCCAAGUUUGUUGCUCCGGGAGCGUCUAUGGCUCAACUUUUCGACUCGGUGUUCCCCACGGUUGAGGCUCGCAGAGCUGCUUUAACUUGGUCCAAGUGUGAUUUGUUUUUGAUGAUUUUCGCGCCUGGAAUUUAUUUCGAUCCGGUCAAGCUUGCGAUGCUUAUGCCGGGGAACUAUUCAUGCACGCGUCUGCGAUUGACGCCGUUUUUAUUGUGGAGUAAUUUGAACCUGCAACGUGUCACGCAAACGGAUGUCUUGGCGGUAUUUCUGACAGACCCGCGCACCCCGGACGAUGUUCGCCUCUCUAUUCAAGUUUUGAAGGACACUCCUCUUCCUGCGGUUGCGACCGCCUCAAGUCAAGUUGUUCCUGCUCACCUCUAA